GUCUGAUUCCUGUCAAUAUCAAUCAGUCAUUCUUCCUACAGGAACCCCUUACCGGUUCAUGUGUCCACAGCCUGGGGAGCUGACCAAGUCACUCUUCCCAGGCAAGAGCUGCUGAUAUGGGGGCCCUUCUCUGGUCACUCCUUCUGCUCCUUCAGGAAGUUGAAGGGUUUUCUGGAGAUGAUGAGGACCCUGAGGAAGUGGUUGCAGCUCUUCAAGAAUCUAUCAUCCUCUCUCUGGAAAUACCAUCCAAUGAAGAGGUUAAGGACAUCAUCUGGUUCUCUCAAAAAAACCUCGCCACAGUGGUACCAGGGAAAGAGGGACAGCCAGCCAUCAUCAUGGUGAUGGAUCCUCGCUACCAGGGUCGAGUGGGCAUCUCAGAGUCCAGCUACUCUCUGUAUAUCAGCAAUCUGACCUGGGAGGACUCUGGACUUUACCAAGCCAAAGUCAACUUGAAUAUAUCCCAGCUCUCUAUCACAAAGUCUUACGAUCUCCGUGUCUACCGGCGGCUGUCAAAGCCCCACAUCACUGUGAACUUUAAGAUCUCUGAGGAAGGCGCCUGUAACAUAUCCCUGAUAUGCUCUGUAGAGAGAGCAGGCAUGGAUGUGACCUACACCUGGCUUCCAUCACAGGACAGCACUAACAUUUCGCAUGAAGACUCUGUCAUCAGUACAUCUUGGAGGCCUGGUGACACAGCACUUUCCUACACUUGUAGGGCCAGCAACCCAAUCAGUAACAGCAGUUCCCGUCUCAUCCCUGUUGGGUCCUUUUGUGCAGAUCCUGGCUCUCCUGAGAAGCCUUCGAUGUCCUGCCUCCUGGCUAAGGGCUUGAUCCUUCUUUUCCUCUUGGUAAUUCUAGCUGUGGUACUCUGUGUCUUUCAAGGCUGGAAAAACUAUGAGAUGUCAAGAGUGAGGAAACUCAAGAGAAACCGAAUCAAACUAAGGAAGAAGGGGAAGCCUGGCCCUAGUCCAGUCUGAUCACCCCUUGGGAACCCUUGUUACCUCUUAGCUUCCAGGGAAAUCAUCUGGGAGACAGGUGGGAGGGAGGAUCAGGGUUGAACAUCUGAAAGGGCCAUAUUCCUCAAGAGACACUAUCUUGCAAUAAAGUCCUCACCUCUCUGGAA